AACAACAACGCCGGCGUCCACAUGGUCACCGUCACGGAGGAGACUGUCGUUACCGCCACCCAGUGGGUCACCGUCUACGCCCGCGAUGCGCCCGCUCCGACCGGCGCCGCCGAGAACAAUGAACGUCGUGGUGAGGCUGGCGCGAGACACGGUCAUGGUCAUGCGCUCGCGCACAUCAAGCGUGCUGCCGCCGCGAAGGCUUAGAUAGUCAUUUGAUAUGAACAAGGGACAGGAUGCGUGUUGUGGAAUGUGACUCAGCUGUGCUGACCCUCAUCGCUUCACGACAAGGGAAAAGGAUGGAUGAAAGGACCGGCAUCGUCCUUUUUCGGCUUUUUUUGUACUUUCGCUGCACUUCUUUUUUUUCUUUUCGCUUUUCUCUCUCGCUCGCUCUCACGGUCGUUUUCAAACCUUUGUAUGACAUUUCACGAGAACUACGGAAUAUGGGAAAUGGAAUUUUCCACAGAAGGGAAGAUUUUGGGGGAAAACGGUACGGCGCAAUACAUACCUCCCAUCGUCAUCAUCGUCAUCGAUGUUUCCGUGUUUCACCGUCGUCGUGUCGAUGAUGGUUUGGCGGGAGGCAGGGGCAAAGAAGGGAUCUGAUUUUUUUCUUCCCUCUCCAAAUGAUUCACUUUUU